GAUUUAUCUUGUUACGAGCCCUAUACGAUUGAUUUAAAUCUACUCAACUGCAUUGCUGGUGUUUCUUCUAAUAUUAGAUCAUUAUCAAUCGAUAGUAAGAUAUAUAUACAUUAUGAUGAAGGUUUAAUCGAUCUCAUCCAAAAUCAGAAUAAUCUUACUUCCUUGAGUAUGACUAACAUCUCCUAUGGAUUAUGGUUAAGAAUUGCUAAUGUUUUCACUUCCGGACAUUCUACCUCUUUAACUCAUCUUUAUUUGAAAUCAUUUGACACUUGUUUUCCUGUAUUGGGUAUUUCUGAAUUACGAAAUUUAAGAUCUUUGAUUAUAACUUGUCAUGAAGUUGAUUGGUCUGGUAUAGCUACCGCUUGCUUUCCAUUUCUAGAAAUUUUAGAAUUUGGGAGAUAUUUUCCUUCCUUGACAAUCUUGGCUUCAAUAAUUUCUAGAACAAAUAAGUUGCUCAAAAGGAUUUAUUUAAGCAAUUAUCUAUGCUCUGAUCCUGAGAAUUCUGCCUUACUAUUUCAUGCUAUCAUAGGUUUUUGCCCAAACCUUAGAUAUCUUAGUAUUCCUUUCAACUCUAUUUCCGAUGAAACUCUUGAAAACAUUCGUCGUCUAUUGGAUUCAUGUCUUCAUUUAGAAGGUUUCUCUUUACGUGCUCAAAUUUCCGUUCGGGAUUCAAUAGAAUAUGAUAAACGUUUACUUGAUGGUGAUAUCCUCUUUAAUCUCUUUAUUAAUCAUGCGCCAACUACUUUAUGUAAUAUCAAGUUUGAUUACUCGGAAGAUGAAUAUGAAACCGCUUUGACAUUUAGUUACACUGCAGUUAAAUCAUUUUUAAUGAAUUGGGAGAAUCAAAAAAGAUUAAAACUUGGACUUUCUAUAGUUAUCGAAGAUUUUGAAAUGCGUACUCAUGAAUUACAUGCUAUAGAAGAUAUGCUUUAUGAAUAUCGUGUUAAAGGCGUUCUUGAAACAU